GCCAUGUUUGAUAUGCGCGCAUGGGAGAUCCGGAUUGGGCCACAUUUAAUGUUUACUAGUGUGAAAUGCUAACUCUAUGAGUUACGGUUGAGUGAACAUUGAGUGUCGAGCUAACCCAGUCAACGGUAGAGCCAACCAGAAAAGCCUCCUCCCCCGAUGAUAAUAAUGGGCUGGUCCGAACAGCUUCAGUGCUCUCUGUUGAACAGUGUGAUGGAAGGUCUUUCGUAGACAUGAUGCUACUAGGAUGAGGAAAUUUACGCUUACCUUUUCUCGUGGACAACUUACUAGCUGUUAACAUAUUUUACUUUUCCUAGCCGCCCGAGUUUUAUCCUUCCACCAUGGGCCAGAAGCAUGGGAAACAUCGCAAGGAGGGGGACGAAGAAGGGGAAGGGGAAGCAUCCCUCACGGGUUCCCCCAAACGAUCAUCCAAAAGGGGGUCGAAGUCGUCAAGGACGCCAAGUCGAGAGUCCACGCCCCCCAACAUAGAAACAUUAGACAGAGAACCCAGGGCGGGACCAAAGACGAAAGAUAUUGUGAUUGAAUCAAAGACAACUGCUGAAACUGUGCCUAAAUCGGCAUCACCUCCGAAGAAAUCGCCAACCAAAAAGUCCCCUUCUAAAGGUGGGAAGAAGAAGGCAAAGAUUGCUCAUGAAGAAGUGAUAACAAGGUCGGAAGACAAAGGUGUAGAAAGUGGGCGUGGCAACCCGCAAACCCCGGUGAAGGAUAAUGGGCCUGAAUUCGAACCAGUGACGCCAAUGACCAUGAACGACAUGUCGAUAACCAAUCACAACCCCCAGGCCACCUCGACACCUGCCGCGCCCAACGGGGUUGUCAGCACGGGCGUCACGAUCAACAGUCCACAUCUUAGCCCUGAGUCCACUGACCAUUCCGCGAGUGAGGAUGAAGAUGAGGAGAACACACCAACAGACCAGCAGUUUUCGUUUCGCUGCCCGAGCCCCACUAGUUCCUUAACAUCAGCCUCUACGACAAGCAGUUGGAGACGGAAUGCCUCGCACGACUCUUCCAUGGAAAGAAGGUCGGGGAUGAACUUUGGCCGGUUCUACACUGGCAGUUACUUGGAAAACAGCAAAACGGAUUAUUUAAAACGAGCAAGCCUCAACCCCAAGGAGACCCAGAAAUCCCCUCAUUAUCAUAGACCCCUCGAGCCCGGACGUUACCAAGCUAACUUCUCCUAUUCGAGUGACAAACCAGAAUUUCUCAAAGCAAGAAAAAUAUCGGCGUCAGGGAGCAGCGGGAUGAUGGCGCUAGCGUCCGGGGGGACACGUGUCGUCAAGGUGCGCCGCAGCUCCUCCCCCAGCAGCCUCCGCAACUCGGAGGCCGUCAGGAUGAGCACCUACCCUGCGGGCAAGCGACCCCUGCCCAACGAGGUGGAGAAGAUCGAGAGGGAUGACUGGCCAGGACCUGCCUCCCCAGCUGCCAUUCUGCCGGAGAUCUUGCGAGAGCGGCGGAGGAGUCGGGGGGAGAAGGACGAUGACGAUGAUGAGGAGGUGGAACAAGACCCCAAGUUCGAACGCGAGCUGGAGGAGAUCUCCAAGUUGAAGGACAAGUCCGGCAUUGGCUCCCUCAUCUACAAGGAGAUGGAGGAGAGAAGGUCUCUGCCCAAGAAGCCGAUGGACCCCUGGCUCUCCUCGCGGGUCCCGAGUGCCAAAUAUGUGCCCAGAUACAGCACACGGUUCCAGUCGCCCAUGUUUGCCUCUCCGUCUCGAUUUCUUGACCGACCUCGCUACGCAUGGGAUGACAGUGAUAUCCGUGGUUACCGAUCUCUGUCUGGCAUCGGUUAUGGCUACAAUCAGACACCCAAGCCAGGCUAUGGACCAUCCUAUGGUGUGGCACCAAGGGCAGCAACUCUGCCACUUUCGGGUCUCUUUGGUGCUAGAGAUGAAUUCGAUCUCUACCACAUUAACCAUGAUGAGCCGACACAGAACGGAGACAGAACUACACCCACAUCUACUUUGAACGCUGAUGGUGUUCCCAAGCGUGAGCCGCGGGUGUGGGGCAUCAGUGGCGUGUCGGGGUACGAGGGUCCUUCCAUAUCAUUACUCAAGCUGCAGAAGAGCACCUGGCACACAGAGUCGGAACCCCCGGUUUAUCCAUAUGACAAGUUGAAGAUAACAAAUUUUGAUCUGCCCAAAGAUGUAGAUACAAACCAUUUAGAGAUUCAUCUAAAUGAGGAAGAAUUCCAAAGUAUAUUUGAAAUGCCUAAAGAAAAGUUUUAUAGAUUAGCAGAAUGGAAGAGGAACGACAUCAAGAGAAAACAACAUUUGUACUGAGAUGUGGCUGAGGUAGAAGGAGGUGCCAUCAGGAACCAUCUAUCAUCCAAUCACAGGCAUUGUUACAAAUAACAAACGUCCAAACCGCAAGCCGAUUUUGCAUCUGUGUAUAUGCCUUUCGUUGCCAACAGAAUUGGCAAAGACAUUCACUGCAGUUUUCAGCGGGAUGUGUGUAUGGAGAUAACUCCAAUCUUGCUUCCUUUUGCAAAGGGAGCUUACUCCUUCUUGAUCUUGUGCAAAGGGGAAUAAUGCUGGAGAAAAUAUCCCAUUUUGUUAAUAAGGUCAAUGGGAGAUAACUCUUGGAAGCCCAAAAUGAUCCCUAACAACCACUAUUAGUUUUUCUUCUUUUCGAAUUGAAAAAGAUAUUAAAUGGAGUUUCUGGAAGAAAAUCAUUUCUUGAUGAUUUGAAGACAUUUAACCAGUUGACUUUUCUUUAUAGUGACAAACAAGAAUUGAAAACUGAUUCUUAGUGCUGAAGACCUGGUUUGUUCCGCAAGGAUUCAGUGAAGAAGUGCUAUAUGAGAAUUCCCACCCUGGUCACGAUUCCCACAACGUAAUAAGUGAGGAAUUGCAGGAAUUACACUUUGAUGAAAAUGUUUUCACCAAAAUGGCUGUGUUUAAUACAUGGUUUGCUACUCAAGUGGAGAUAACUCUAACUGAACAAUUGCAUCUAGCAUCUCAUGAUCAUAGAGACACAUGGCCAACUGAAACCCUCCCAGAAGAGGGUUUGCUUCUUCAUUGAGAGCAUAAUAUCUUCACUGGCUAUCUAUCUAGCAGUGCUGGCUUAAGCUGAAACGUAUAACUCCGAUGACCAGUGCGUGGCCUGUCAUCUGGGAGCAGUCUUACUGACAGAAAGACUGUGCAUGAUGAUCGCAUUUAUAUACAUAAUCACUGUAAAACAGUACAUUUGCUAUGUAUUCAGCCUUGAAUGUUACAACUAUAUACUGUCAACCAUAGUUUAACUGACCUGGUUAAUAAGCGCCAGAACUUGAUAAAAAAACAGGCCAUAUUUUAUUUAUGCACAUAAGGUUGUGUUUUAUUUUGCAUAUUCAAGCCAAUGCUAUAAUGUCUUAUAUUUUAAGAUUUUUCAUUUGUAAUAUUUUUCCUGAAGAUGGUUUUAUAUUCUGUGAUCGAUAUGAGAAGCAUGUUCCACUUUAUUUUUCUUUGGUUCACACAAAACAUGGUAUUUGGUAAAUAUGGGUAUUUGGCUGUUAAUGGUAUAUGCUGUGGAAUCUGAACUGUUUAAAUCUAUUUUUGUUUAUCUUUUGUUUUUUAUAUCCAAUGGCAUUAUUCAUAAGUCAUGUUUGGUUGUGUUUGCAUACGAAGAAGUCUGCAUUUAUUUAUGAUUGUAUCAACAAGGAAAACAGUUCGCUGCUUGUAAAUUAUUUUUUGCUUGUAUAUUUAUCAUCUGCUUGUUGCCCAGUGUAUGUUUCGGCAGAUUCUUUGUUGACGAUGAAAUUCUGCCGUUCAUCAGUUAAUUACACUUCCGUAACCAUGGUUACUUGUCAUGUCCAUUGCAUAUUUGUACAUAGCACUUGGUCAGCAUAAUUACCACGGAUUUAUUGGAUAACCAACUUCCUAAUUUCAGUAGAUUCCUGUAACCAUCAUCGUUUGCGUGAAACCAGAAAACGAGAUGUUCUGCGAAUUGAUUCAUGCAUGUGCAACAACAUUUUCUUAUCAAGCCUAUUAAAUAGUCCGAUGGACAGAGAGAGAAGCACCAAGAAGAAAUGUAAUGAGUUUUACACCAAAUCGUGAGAUGUUGUGAGGGGCGGAGGGUAGCCAAGUGAUUAAAGUGCUCAUCACAAACCAGGUUCGAUUCCAUCAUGGGACAAGCUGUGAAGCCCUUCUCAAUGUCCCUACCAUUUGUCUGGGCUAUUGCCAAAAGCAGUUACAUCCAACUCCGUUAUCGUGUACCAUAUGUUAUAAAUUUAUUCAGAAUCAAGCAGUUACAUCCAACUCCGUUAUCAUGUACCAUAUGUUAUAAAUUGAUUCAGAAGUAUUCAAACAAUAUUUGAUACCUAUACCUCUUUGAACCUUUUUUCGAUCUCUGCACUGUGAAGUAAUUUUUGCGAAAUGACGUUUUUGUACACCUUGUAAUAUAUAGCCCUGGAGCCUGUAUAAUCAGCUUGGAUUCCAUUGUGCACCUCUGCGGUUGAAAAAUCAUGUGCGAGAUCGAGAACACCGUACUGCACCAUGGUGGUGCCGGCUGAGUGUGGCGCCGGCUGGGGGUUGCGACAGGACUUGAGUGCCUAAGGCGUGGUAGAUCUGUACAUAAGCCAUAUUGGUUAUCAGUUGUUGGUUCAGUUCUUGUACAAAUGAUGUAGUUAUAACCAUGUACAGUUGGACGGAUGGAUGGAUGGCGAGAAUGAAUCCUGCUUUGUGAAGGAGGCGGCGGAGUUGAAGAUGGUGUCGACCCUCGUCUCGUGUGUUGGACUUGGCGAUGUUGUGUGUCCUCACUGUACAGUGCUUGUACCCUGUGUGUAGAUCUUGCCUGACCACAUUCACCCUAGGCUCCUCAUAUAUUAGGUAUGACAUUUUUUUUUUUUUUAUUUAUUUUUUUUUUAGAUGAGUAAUAUAAAAUAAUUCAAAAUUCCUAUUUUUUACUUUGUUUAUGGACUACAAAGCUCAAAUUUAACAAAUGUGACUAAAAUUAUUUUUUUUGGUCUUUUUUUCUUUUUAUUUGUGUCCAGUCUGUUAAAUUUGUCAGUACUAAAAAAAUAUUCGAAGUAGGCAAAAGGGUAUGAAUGUCUCCCUUUGAUUUUUUAAAAUUUUGUGUUUGUCCACAUGUAUUGUUUUUGUUUUUUUUAGAUCUGUAAACAAAUUAUGAUAAGAAAGAGGCCACGGAAUGAAGUGAGAUUCCUCCCCUUCAACACACGGAUCUGCCGCUAUUCGUCAUAAUUUGGUUUGAACUUUUUUAGAUAAGUUUUAGAAGAAUUAGCUUUUAAUAUUGUAUUAUAAAUAAAAAAUGGCAAAAGUCUAAGGUGAAUGUGUUUUGGCUUGCUAGGAUAGUUGACAUAUUAAGCUAUCAACGUUUUAUGAAAGACGUUUGUGUUGAUUUGGUGCUUUUUACGAUUGUAGAUUUUUUAAUCAUAUCUGUUUAAUUGGUAUUGUUGGUGUUAUGAACAUGCAACCCUCUUUUUCCACAAUGGAUUCUUCCACGAUGUUUGAUCUUGAAAUCAUGGAGAGUCUAUUUUGAGAAAUGGGUGAAAUAUUAAUCUGCUUUGUAAGUGUUGAAUUUCUGAGAAACCUUGUCCCCCUGUCCAGUCAUUGUUGAUGAGUGUUGAUGUUCGUAUGCUUGUUAUCACUAAUGGUAUGUCUGUUUAAUGUUUGUUAAUUUUCAUCCCGAUCUUGGAUUUGUUUGUGUGAUAUGUCACUGAUUCGUACAUCACGGUCAAUUUUUUUUUCUGUUGAAUCAUGGCCAAUAUCCAACCUCAACAUGUUAUGUUAAUUUUAUGUGAAAACAAUAUGGGAAAUGUGAUUGAAUUUCAUAUUGAUUCAAAUAUAUUGGAUUACAGGUAUAUUUAAAUUACUGAAUUGAGAAAUUUGUCUUAUGUAAUCCUGAACAGUAAUACCAAAUAUGGUAAAAAAAGCUUAACUUUCAAACAUUUUAUUAUUCAAAUAAUGGCAUCUUGAUCAUAAUGUGUACGGAAGCUUAGGACAAGUGAUAUUGAAAUGGUUAUUUUUGUGAUAUUACCAUAUGUUGGACGUUGCCUCGGUGACAAGUCGCUGUUUUUUGGUUGCCACUGUUGUAUGGCAUUAGGUCCCCUAGCCAUAAGGGACACUCGCUUUAACAUAUCAGUAAAAAGGCUAGUUUCAUAGAACUUUUAAGUUUUAGAGAUGUUUUAAGCUUAGACAAUUUUUCCAUCCGAUUUGAUUCAGAACUUUACCAAGUGCAAUAUACAUAUUUAGCAAGUUGAUCAUGUGACUAUGUUGUGGACAUUCUUGAUUCUGAAGGCUUUCGUGCAUGAUACGGUUGAUCGAUAAUCAAAUCCAACCUGAAUUAUGCAAAUUUGAAAAAUUUGAAAAUUUAAAUAUACAUUUAGCGCUAUACUGAAGGGCGCAAUAUAAUGGUAACCACCUAGAAUUUUUUUUUCAGAUUUUUCAGGCUGUAUCAAUUUCAAUCAGUUUCUGCAGAACUGCUUUUUCUGCGAGAUGUUGAUUUCAUUAAACCAGAUCUGAGCUCCUGUGAGUGAUUGAAGUAUGUACCACUUAGACACAAUUCCCUCGUUCUAUGACUGUUUCAUCACACCUGACUAUCAUAUUGCGUUAUUGGACAACUUAUAUUGUCAUGCUAAGGAAAUGGUAUUACAUUUGUACUUGAAUUGAAAUGCUAUACACAUGAAAUUGAGAAACAGUUUGAAAACCGUUUUGUGUGAACGUUUCAAGGUAGGAUACAAUAUUUCAUUUGCAACUACGGUGUAAGCAUUUUUUGGAGUAAUGUUUUGCAAUAGUUUAUAUUCUAAUGUUUUGGAAUAUUACUUUGCAAGUGGAGUUCUCCAAUUCCAGCAAACUAGUCCCACUAUCUUUUGAGACUAUCAACUUGCUCCUGUACUCGGCUUCAUGUAGAUUACUCACAACUCUCCUGCUUUGUAGCACUGGCGACUAACCACACAGACCGUGGUAGCUACGUUUGGCAUUGCUUGCGGUUUCUGAGAUAAAUGCACCUUCUCAAGAACUGACUUUCUUGUUAGUCUGUUUGUGGACAUUAGUUAAGUCUCUGCAACAGGCUUAACUUCUCCGAGGUUGGUGGUCAGACUAGAAUGAAAUCAAAUUCACUGGCUGCAAGGUUCUGGCAGCUGCAGCAAUAAUUAGAUUAUAGGUAUCAGAGCCCCGCUUUUCAAUGCGAUAUCAGUGUGACGGCAGUUAUAAGUAUGUGUUGAAGAACGUCUUAGUGCUAGGACCAUGGUAAGGUUACGUGGAAGAAAUUGGGUUACGUCCUAGUGCUGGGACUGUUGAAGUCUGUUGAAGAACCGGAGUAAGAUGUCUUUGUCCAUGUGGAAGAAUCAGUAACGUCUUAGUGCUAAGAUCGCAUUGUGGAACGGGGACAUGUUUGAAUCUGAUAAUGGCCAGGACAGGAGUUGUAAUCUACUGCAGCGUGUAGGUUGGCUUGGUGCAGCCUCUUUCUGUCUCUAGUUGUCCACGUGUGUACAUUGAUACAUCUGUUUGCUACGCUUGUACCAGGCAGUGACAGACAUUGCCAUCAGCAGAUUGGCUUUAUAUGCAAAGAAAUAAAAUGGAUUCCUUCUCUUUA